AUGAGCAUUGACUCCGUGGUGGCUGCUGUGGUCGCCCUCUUCCUCACUGUCACCGGCCUACGCCCACGCUACAAGGUGGACGGCAGCAUAUCAGCAGAAAACCUCGCCCUGCAGAACAUUCAGGUCCGGCUGCGGAUGGUGCUCGCCUUCCUCUUCUCCUCUCCUUGCCUUGACAUGCCCAUCCGCCUCCCCUUUCUCGCUGCUCUCUCCUUCCCUUCACUCCCACUCCCUUCAAUCAGCUGA